AUGGAAUUUCCCUCGGUAGUUUUAACUUUGAUCUUUAGUUUCUUGGAGAUUGAAGACCUGGUAAGAGCUGCUAGAGUGUGCAAAGAUUGGUGGAAAAAGAUCUCAAGAGGAGUGUAUCUCAAGGAAGCAGAGCCUUACGAAUUGGAUCUCUCUAGAUCAGAAGAUGUGUACCGCUUUGUGCCGCUGAAGAUGUUUGCUCUAUUGACGCACCUAAACAUUUCCUCGACCGGAGUCUCUAAUCGGCAUUUUGAACAACUGUCACGUACUGCAGAAAACCUAGAAUUCUUGGACAUUUCCAACUGUUCCUCCCUCGAGCAAAGCUCCAUUUUUCAAGCAAAGAAAGCAUUCAGCCGUCUUGAAUACAUGGACAUGUCCGGUAAUCAAGGCAACUUCACAAUUUUGGCAGUGGCGUGCCUGUGCUCAUGUGAAAGUCUUCAAAUGAUCGUAGCGCAUGGAUUUACCUUUACUGUGGAGGAAUUGCAUUGUUAUUUCUUUCAAAAACAUUUGAGUCAGUUUCAAGUGGAGAGUUGCAAUUGGAACUAG